CUAAGGAAGAAGAAAAAAGAAGAAAAAAAUGGUUUGGAAGGAACAUGAAUUUAGUAAUAAUUAUGUGAUAUUGAAGCCACACAAUGCAAAUGUGUUUGAUCUGUUUCUAUUCAUACUUCCUUUUGGGUUCAAAAAGAGGAAGUUGAUGGAUUGCCCUGAUGGCAAAGAAGAGUCUUACAGAAGCUUUGCUGAUCGUUUAAUAAUCUUCGUCUCGAUGUUAUUACAGAUAUUCAUUCUCGCCAUCGCUACUCCGCUCGCUGGCUUAGACGCCUUUCUCCAAAAUCUCUUCAACUUUGUCUCCUUCAAUGGUACCAUUCCUCAGCUUUUCUUCAAGUUCAUCAGAGGAGAAACUUUGGUACAUCCUGAUAAAAGUUCGCCAGAUUACACAUCGGUUGUGGGAUUUACAGAUUGGAGAAGAGAUUUGGACAACUCCAUAAAACCUAAUGACACUUUCAGAUACUAUAGUGCCCUAACUAUAAUGGCUUCCAAACUCUCCUAUGAAUCCCUUCCAUUUGUCCAAUCCGUCAUUGACGACCGUUGGAAGAUGAAGUUACUCGGUUACUACAAUUUCUGGAAUGACUUCCAAAACCGAGCAACGACUCAAGCAUUUAUGUUUCAAACCACCUCAGAUCCAAACAUAAUAGUGGUGGCUUUCAGAGGGACUUCCCCACUGGACGCCUUCGAUUGGCAAGUCAAUGUGGACUUCUCUUGGUAUGAUAUUCAUGGUGUGGGUCGUAUUCACAGCGGUUUCAUGAAAGCUCUCGGCCUCCAAAAGCGCAAAGGUUGGCCUAAAGAACUCAUUCCAACAACCACCACUCCCCGCCAAUUUGCCUACUACACCCUCCGUCAAAAACUCUUUGACAUUGCCAAAACCAAUGCCAAUGCAAAGUUCAUCUUAACCGGCCACAGCUUAGGGGCAGCUCUUGCUAUCCUCUUCGUCGCCAUACUUGCCCUUCACGACGAGUCAUUGGUGCUAGAGAAGAUACAGGCCAUCUACAGCUAUGGCCAGCCAAGAGCCGGUGACCGACAUUUUGCAGAGUUUAUGGUAAGCAUCAUCCAAAAAUACAACUUCGAAUAUCACAGAUACGUUUACUUUAGUGACUUGGUGCCUAGACUUCCUGCUGAUGGCAUCCUUUUCAAAUACAAACACUUUGGAAGAUGCAUCUAUUUUGACAGCUUUUACAGAGGCAGAAUUGUGAAGGAACAGCCAAACAAGAACUAUUUCUCGUUGCUAUGGCUGAUGCCUAAGUAUUUAAAUGCAUGGUUGGAGCUUGUAAGGAGUUUCGUAAUCCCAUUUGUGAAAGGUUAUGAUUACUAUGAGAGUUUACUUAUGAAGAUGGUAAGGUUUAUUGGACUGUUUAUGCCAGGACUCACCGCUCACAUUCCUACAGACUAUGUUAAUUCCACUCGUUUAGGAAAAUUAAAUGUAUCUGAGGAGAUUCUUGAAGAUGGAGACGACUGUAUAGAACCUGACUACUAAAGAACAUAGGAAGAAGAAGAUUAAGAUAAAAUUUUCAUUUUCCUUUUACCUUCGUGUUAGUCUAACGUUAAUUUAAACAUGAUUGGCUUUUAAAAUACUAGUGAGUAUAGCAAUGAUAUCAAUGC